AUGGCAACGUCUUUGGAUAUGUCGCUUGAUGAUCUGAUAAAGAGCAGAAGUAGUAGCGAGAGGGGGAGAGGCCGAGGCCGAGGUCGGGCCCGCCGAGGGCGAGGCCCAGGUGGGAAUUUUGGCCGUGGAAGAACGGGAGGGAACCGUGGAGGGGCUUUAAGGGUGAAUACACGGCCAUCAUCUUACACAAUUGCUAAGUCUUUCAGCAGAACCAAGGAUUUUACAUGGCAACAUGAUUUGUUUCAAGAUAGCCUGAUGGCUGCAGGGAUAUCUGGGAUUGAAUCUGGAACAAAGUUAUAUGUCUCAAACUUGGACUACGGUGUUAGCAAUGAAGAUAUAAAGGAACUUUUCUCUGAGAUUGGAGAGCUUAAGCGGUAUGCAAUCCAUUACGACAGGAAUGGGCGGUCAACUGGUACAGCUGAAGUGGUGUAUGUUAGAAGAAGUGAUGCAUUAGCGGCUGUUAUGAGAUAUAAUAGCGUUGUACUUGAUGGGAAGCCGAUGAAGAUUGAAAUUAUUGGCACCAAUUUGGAAUUGCCUGUUUCAGCUAGGGUGAAUGUUAUUGGAGCAGCAAAUGGAAGAGGAAGGAGAACGGUUUUUAUGACGCCUGAAGUUGGUCUAGGUGGAGGAUCUGCUCCAGUCAAUCGUGGUUCUGGUAGGUGGGGUCGUGGAGUUUCUUGGCGUGGCCGUGGUGGUAGCCGUGGUCGUGGACGUGGUCGUGGUGGCCGCGGUCGAGGACGUGGCCGUGGGAGGAAACAACCUGUUGAGAAGUCAGCUGAUGAAUUGGAUAAAGAAUUGGAGAACUAUCAUACUGAAUCAAUGCAAACAUCGUAGUUCUUUUUAGAUUGGUGAACUGGAAACAUUACCUGAUAGUUAAUAGAUUAGGAGAGUGGAGCUGUAUACAGAUUGGCAUAGGGGCCUUACUGCAGUAGUAAUUUUUUGGGGUUGUAUUUUGUUCAUAUGCUUUCCUCCUGGUUAGAUUGAUGCAUUAACUUAUUAGAUUUGAUAGUUUUCUCGAUGCAGACAUUGCGGAUGGUGUAUGAUCCUUAAAAACUUUUAAUGGUUUUAAAAUUUGUGUAUAUGGGUUCUUUUGGUC